AUGUCCCGGGACCCCGAGGAGGUGAACAAGCUGACGGAGAACACGUAUAAAAAUGUUAUGGAACAGUUCAAUCCCGGACUGAGGAAUUUAAUAAAUCUGGGGAAGAAUUAUGAAAGAGCUGUUAAUGUUAUGGUAGUGGCUGGAAGAGCAUAUUAUGAUAGCCUUGCAAAGAUUGGGGACAUAUCAGCAGAUUCUCCAGUUUCUAAAGAAUUAGGCCAAGUUCUGGUAGAAAUCUCAAGAACACACAAGAAACUUAAUGACAGUCUAGAGGAGAGUUUCAAAAAGUUUCAUAAAGAAAUUAUAUCUGAACUGGAGAAGAAAACAGACCUGGAUGUAAAAUAUAUGACUGCAACUUUAAAAAGGUACCAAACUGAACACAGAAGCAAACUGGAUUCUUUAGAGAAGUCUCAGGCUGAGCUGAAAAAAAUCAGAAGGAAAAGCCAAGGAGCACGAAAUGUAACCAAGUAUGAACACAAAGAAAUGGAGUAUUUGGAAACUGUGAGCUCUCGACAAAGUGAUAUUCAGAGAUUUAUUGCAGAAGGCUGCAGAGAAGCUCUCCUUGAAGAGAAAAGAAGGUUCUGUUUUCUGGUUGACAAGCACUGCAGCUUUACCCAGCACAUGCACUUCUACCACGUUCAGUGUGCGGACUUCCUAAAAUCCAAGCUGCCUGGCUGGGAGGAAAUCUGCAGUGAUGCCACCAAAGUGCCUGAAAAAGUCAGAAUGAUGAUAGAUGAAAUCAGGACCCCUGGUUCCACCCCAGUUUCGGGAACGCCGCAGCCUUCACCGAUGGUAAAGAGGAACACCCUGGUUGGAAAUGAUUUUUAUCCUCACCAAGAAAAUGCAUCCAAAGUGCCCCCAGCUCCCACAGGCAAGGCAUACACGAGCCCACUUGUGGAUAUGUUCAACAAUCCUGCAACAGCUCCCAAAGCACCUUAUGAAAACCUGAAUCACUCAGCAGAGAAUUCAGAUUAUUCCAAUUUACCACGUUCAACUUCUGUUGCCACGGGAUUAAAUAUAAUGAAAAGGCAGAAAGUGAAGACAAUCUUCCCACAUACUGCUGGAAGUAACAAGACGUUGCUCAGCUUUGCCCAGGGGGAUAUCAUCACCCUGCUGGUGGCUGAGGAAAAGGAUGGCUGGCUUUAUGGGGAGCAUGACACAACCAGACUAAAAGGAUGGUUUCCAUCAUCAUACACCAGACCACUGGAUGAAUCAGCAGAAGAAAAAGCCUUUGCCCCAGUGCCAAGCCCUGCACCAGUCCGAAGUGUUAGUUCUGUGAACCUUGUGGAGAAAGGGGAAGUUGUCCUCCCACCACCAGACUACCUGGGGGCUGCACAGCCAGACAGACGGAUGGAGCCUGCCAGAGGUGCUGCUGUGAAAACUCCGACCGACAGAGCGGAGCAGGCAGGCCCGAAACCUGACAUGAAUGGCAUUAUAAAACCACCUUUUCUAAGUGGAGAAAACCCCUUUGCAACAGUGAAACUCAGACCCACAGUAACAAAUGACAGAUCAGCACCGAUUAUCCGAUGA